GAAUCUCCGCUUGAGGACGUUGUCGUGCAGUAUUUUUCCGGGAGUUUAUUUUCCAUUUGUAAAAUUGUAGGGAAUUUCCGUGAAAUUCCUCAAAAUGAUCGAAGAGCAGAAGCAGAGGGUUGAGCAGGAGAUUACAAAGUUGGUGGAUGAUGUGGACAAAUCAUUUUUGCGGAAAAUGCAGGCAGAAAUGCAUUUGUGUGCUGCAAAAUGCUGCGAAAAUACAACAGGAAGCAUUGAUGUUGUCCAGGGAUGUGUCCAGAAGUGUUCAGUACCCGUGACAAAGGCAGAGCGGUACAUUCACAAAGAACUGAAUGAUUUCCAAGGAAGACUCCAGCGUUGCGUAAUGCAAUGCAAUGAUGAUAUCAAAUCCCAGAUGCCAGUUGAGCCAACAGAGGAUGAAAUUGGGAAGUACACAGCCCAAUUUGAGCGAUGUGCGGUAAAAUGUGUCAAUAAGAACAUUGAUUUAAUACCAAAUCUGCUGAAAACCAUGAAGGCAGUCCUCGCGAAAGGACCUAGUCGCAUUCCUGAUGUGUAGGAGGGCAAUUUUCGCAUUUUUAGAAAGGAAUAAAAAAAUGUUUAUAAUGUGGA